CGCUGGAUUCCAAGAGUCGCUCUUCCAAUCGCCAACCUCGCAGCUGCACUGCAACUUCGCCGUCCAGCCACCCAUCGAUUCACCAGCGUCGGCCGUCGUAACCUCUUCGCAGGCGACGUCGAGACCCCGUUCAUUCAAGGGGCUCUCUUAGGCGACCUGCCUACUUCGCGCAAACCUCACCUCAGAUCAUCGUCAACAUGUCUGUCAUGCUUCAAACACCAUCUCGAGCUUCGACCGCCUCCUCCUCCUCCUUCCAACCCCUUUCCCGCCAAAACACCAUGUCUUCCUACGAUGGAUCGCGGUCCGCCCGCCAAUCGAAGCGGUACUCCAUGUCCGCGCUGUACAUGUCCAUGUCAGCGAACGAGACUGAUCUGGAGAUUGAGGAUGACUUGGCCAAAGCCCAGAAGAUUCUCAGAGAGCUCAAGUCCAAGAUCUCUUCGCAAUCCAAAAAGAACUUCGUCCUCGAAAAGGACGUACGAUAUCUUGAUUCACGAAUCGCCCUCCUCAUUCAGAACCGAAUGGCCCUCGAGGAACAGAACGAGGUCGCGAGCCACUUGGAAGACGCGACGGAUAUGCAAGAAGGCGCCUUUCCCAACGACGACAAGACGCAAAAGUAUGGCAAUUUGAUGUUCCUGUUGCAAUCCGAGCCGAGGCAUAUCGCACACCUCUGCCGAUUGGUGUCAAUGUCGGAGAUCGACUCUUUGCUGCAAACAGUCAUGUUCACCAUCUACGGAAACCAGUAUGAGAGUCGUGAAGAGCAUCUGCUCUUGACUAUGUUCCAGUCUGUUCUCACCUACCAAUUCGACAACACCCCCGAAUAUUCUUCGCUUCUGCGCGCCAAUACACCCGUCUCACGAAUGAUGACCACGUACACGCGCAGAGGACCAGGACAGAGCUUUCUCAAGUCAGUUCUCGCUGAUAGAAUCAACAGUCUGAUCGAGUUGAAGGAUCUUGACCUGGAAAUCAACCCUCUCAAGGUCUACGAGCGCAUGAUUGAGCAGAUUGAGGAGGACACCGGCAGUCUGCCUGCAUCGCUUCCCAAGGGCGUUACUGCUGAGCAGGCUGCGGAGAACCCCCAAGUUCAAGCUAUCAUCGAGCCGCGUCUCACGAUGCUCACCGAGAUUGCUAAUGGCUUCUUGACGACUAUCAUUGACGGACUCGACGAGGCGCCGUACGGUAUUCGGUGGAUUUGCAAGCAAAUUCGCAGUUUGACGAAGCGCAAGUACCCCGAUGCCAAUGACCAGGUCAUUUGCACCCUCAUCGGCGGAUUCUUCUUCUUGCGCUUCAUCAACCCGGCAAUCGUGACGCCCAAGUCAUACAUGCUCAUUGACGGUCAGCCGGCUGAUCGCCCGAGAAGAACGCUGACCUUGAUUGCAAAGAUGCUGCAAAACCUUGCUAACAAGCCCUCAUACGCCAAAGAGCCGUACAUGGCCAAGUUGCAGCCCUUCAUCUAUCAGAACAAGGAGCGUAUCAACAAGUUCAUGCUUGACUUGUGUGAAGUCGGCGACUUCUACGAGAGCUUGGAAAUGGACAACUAUGUCGCACUCUCGAAGAAGGAUUUGGAGCUGUCCAUCACGCUGAACGAAAUCUAUGCCAUGCAUGGUCUGAUCGAGAAGCACAACGGAGAGCUCUGCAAGGAUGACAACUCACACUUGGGCAUCAUCAUGGCGGAGCUCGGAGGCGCACCUCCGCAGGUUCCUCGCAAGGAGAACCGCGCCAUCAACCUCCCUCUCUUCAGCCGAUGGGAAACAGCGAUCGACGACUUGACGGCGGCGCUCGACAUCACGCAAGAGGAAGUGUACUUUAUGGAAGCCAAGUCCGUCUUUGUGCAAAUCAUGCGAUCGAUCCCUUCCAACAGCAGCGUUGCACGAAGACCUCUGCGACUCGAGCGGAUCGCCGACGCCGCGGCUACGAGCCGGAACGACGCCGUGAUGGUCCGCAAAGGUAUCAGGGCGAUGGAGCUGCUUUCACAGCUGCAGGAACUGAAGGUUAUCGAUAAGAGCGAUCAAUUCGGCCUGCUGCGUGACGAAGUCGAGCAGGAAUUGCAACAUCUUGGAUCACUCAAGGACGGAGUCAUUCAGGAGACUGGCAAGUUGGAAGAGGUUUACAAGACCAUUCGCGACCACAACAACUACCUCGUCGGUCAAUUGGAGACGUACAAGAGCUACCUGCACAACGUUCGUUCGCAAAGCGAGGGAACCAAGCGGAAGCAGCAGAAGCAACAGGUCCUCGGGCCUUACAAAUUCACUCACCAACAGCUGGAGAAGGAGGGUGUCAUUCAAAAAAGCAACGUCCCGGACAACCGGAGGGCCAACAUUUACUUCAACUUUACCAGCCCUCUGCCGGGUACCUUUGUUAUUUCUCUCCACUACAAGGGACGCAACCGCGGUCUUCUUGAACUGGAUCUCAAGCUCGACGACCUGCUUGAGAUGCAGAAGGACGGCCAGGACGACCUGGAUCUGGAGUAUGUCCAGUUCAACGUCACCAAGGUUCUCACUCUGUUGAACAAGCGAUUUGCGAGAAAGAAGGGGUGGUAAACGCCACCACUUGGCCCUCUCAAUUCUCGACUGUACAACUUUUCCUCCCAGAGAUACCCUCGACUGGCUUUCCUUCGAAUUAGGCGUUC